CAAAAAUUGCCACUGCUAAAACCUCGCCUGCGGCUACUUCCCUUUCUUCGAGUUCGUGAAAAGGAGACGUCGCAUCUCACCCGCCGUCGCCGUUUCUCCGUCGUCGCGUUGCCGUGUCACUGAAUCUCGAAAAAAUGGCUCAUGUUGCGCAAAGCCGAAACGUGAUUCGGCAUGUAGUUUCUAGAGGAACAGCUUUCCACAAAUCUGAAAAUGCGAUCCAUCAUCCUCUCCUUUUCGCCUGUCAAGGAGUUCGAUACAGAAAAUUGGAAGUUAUCCUUACAACGGGCAUAGAGAAGCUUGGGAAAGCCGGCGAGACGGUGAAGGUAGCUCCUGGAUACUUCAGGAAUCACCUUAUGCCCAAACUCCUUGCUGUUCCCAACAUUGACAAGUAUGCUCAUCUCAUCCGAGAGCAACGCAAGAUGCGUAAUUAUGAAGAAAAGGAAGAGGUUAAGGUGGUUCACAAAACUUCUGAAGUCCAGACAAAAGAGUUUGAAAAGGCCGCAAAGCGCUUGGCCAAUGCCAAUUUGGUACUGAGGAAGUUAAUUGAUAAAGAAAAGUUCAAAAGUCGCUCUUCAAAAGAAGACAAACCGGAUGUACAAACACCUGUGACAAAGGAAGAGAUAGUCUCCGAGGUGGCAAGACAGCUUUGUGUGAAGAUCGAUCCUGAUAAUGUGGUUCUACCAACGCCAUUGGCAACUUUUGGCGAGUAUGAGGUGCCUUUGAAAUUCCCUAAGACUAUUCCUUUGCCACAAGGAACUGUUCAAUGGAUUCUCAAAGUCAAAGUCCGUGGCCAUUAAUCAACUUUAGAAACUCUUCAUUGAUAGUUUUUCUUUUCUCUACUUCAAUCUGUUUCAUGUAACAAUUGCAGAAGCAUUUGUAGUUUAACGACACAAAUCAGUUGCAAUUUAUCUUUUUGUGUAAACCGGGUUUAAUCCGGUUUUAAUGAAAACCAUGAUUCGGAUUUUGUAUGAACACAAGGAUAAGGAAAUUAAUAAGUUUUUGGGUUUUGUUCAAC